UGAGAGGGUCCGUGAGCUGUUGGCCGAUUGCAGGGAACCCCUGCGCCCAUGGAGUAUGUGUGGGUGGAGUGGAGUCUCAGCCUUUUUGGAGAAACAAAUUUCCCGUCUGUCCACCAGAGGGUGCCAGGGACUUUUGUUGGAAGGAAGAGGUACAUGUUUUAUAUCUACAACCCCAAGAAAGAAGAGAAUGUGGCCUGUUUGGAGUGUGCCGGACAUGGCCGAUUUGGACUUUACAGAAACCAUCAGCAAAAGCAUGCAGGUUCCUAGCCGGCUGAAAGUAGCGGAUGACUCCAGCUCAAGAUUCCCAAAGAGAAUGCCUUCAGAGGACUUCCCUUCAUCUUUCCAGAUGUAUGUUCCUGAUAGGCUUCUGCCAGCAGAAACAAGGGACGUUGCUUUCAGGCCCCUCUUGGUGAACCAGAUACGGCAGCAUUGCCUGGCUGUUGCUGACCCUCUUCGGGAACCUCCAGUCCCACCCACAAUUUAUGAGGAGCAUCCUGUUCUGAGCAUCACUUCCAGAUCUGGUUCUCAGAAACGCAAACGACCGGCUCAUCAAGGCAGAGCUCGGAAAGAGAGAAUCCUGAAUGAGACCUCUCAGCUGGCUCUGUGUGGUGGCAGCCGGAGGCGUGAAGGGCUGGAGACAAGCUUGCCCCUGGCUCCAGCCCCCCAGUUUCCUCCGUUCCCUUUGGAGGGCAGGAUCUACUCCCUGCAGAACACCCUUCAGGCCCUGCAUUUCCUGGGACACCAGCUGUUCCAGCUGUUUUGGAAGCCUAGCCAUCCCCCACUCAGUUCCCAGGAGACAAGCAUGAUCUUGGAGAGCUCCCUGGAGGAAAUUGGCACAACCGAAGUUCUGGCAAUGAGAAACCAAUUGGCCAAAAUCUCAGGGAGGCUUCGAAGUCUGGAGGAACAGUACACAGGGUGGCGUCAGAAGGAGCUGCUGGUCUACUCCGUGCUGGUCUCCACGUGUCUUCUCAAUAUGUGGCUUUGGCUUCGGAGAUGAGGAUGUGAACCUGCAGAGAAAGCCACACGUAGGAUUGGGAAAGGAUGAUGCGUGUUUGCACUUUGUGCUUUUUAGCUUUCACUGACCCUCUUCCUAGGUCCUCUGGGACUUAAUUUCCUGGUUGUAAUAGGAGAAUGGACCGAAUGAGAUGCACGUGCCACAUUAGAGGAAGUGGGAUGGAUGUGACAGUACGCGCUUGGUGGCUUGAGUGGAAGGCAGCAACUGUGGCUUAUUGUUCUAUCUAGCUGCAGUUGGACUGGUGAUUAGUUGAGCUUGGAGUCCUCCAGAGAUGUCAAAUGCUCCAAGGAAUGAUGAUGGUUACCCUGCAAAUUAGGCAGCUCUUUCACGAACUAGCUUUGAGUGCAACUAACCCACCUGAGUCCUCAUUGGAUAAAAGCCAUGUUUCAGAAAGACUUCAGGACAUUUUGGGCUAAGGCAGCUCCAACUGGAAUGACUCCAAAACAAGUGGACGUUUGAGUGCCCUGAGAUGAUGGCUUUGGGAGUCAGUGUUUUCUAAUGUCAUUUGUCAUCAAAACGAAGGGGAUGGGUCUACUGACAAAGGCUGAGAAGUGUCUUCUAUCACACUGAAUAAGGGUAGGAAUUCAUUAGAAGAUAACAGAAAUUGCCUCUUUAGUAAAGAGUUUGGAAGCAGCAUGCUAUAUAAUCUACUUCAGUGUCCAUUGUAAUCUUCUGCUAAGUGUUUGCGGAGUCAGUACUGAAUCUUCAAGAAGUUUAGACUGUUUGGACUUCGCUGAUGCAAAGAGUUCUCCUCUGCAAGGAAAAGGAUUUGUAAGACUGAUGUUCUUUUGAUUGCAGUGUUAUACCUAUAGGGGGUGUGCAUCUGGACUGCAUGUCAGUAAUUAGUAACAUUUGAG